UGAGAAUAUCCCCUUAAGCCAAAGCUACUGUGGCAUCUUUCGCAGAGUCUGGCUCACGACAUCCAAGGCAAUGCGCAAAGUACUGGCAACGAUCACCAUUCUCGCCAUGGCAGCCUAUUACCCGACAGAGAACCAAAUCCCUCUCGCCAACUCUACGUGCACACACAAGGCACCGAUACGUUUUUGCGACAACCUCGAAGAAGGUUUCUCGGUCGUCCCAGAAGCCUUCUUCAUCUAUCUUUUCCCAGGUCAUUCUUUCAAGCACCACAGCCACGUCGUGGGUACAGACAUGACACCCUACGUGCAAUAUUCCUUCGACGGCAUGUAUCCCGGCCGGGUUGUAUAUUCUUACGAAGCCGUGGAUGAUACCUUGCUGGAUGCGAUUCGGAAAGAUCCAGGGGUGGACUGGGUGGGCUGUGAUAUCACGCCAGGUGGCAUCCCGCAGUGAGAAACGCCCAGUAGGAUGCGGCACGGCGAGUAUGCCUAGGGAAUAUUGGCGCACAGUAAUGACCACGCUCCCGCAAACCAUACGACUCACCACUCCACCUCGAAGGCCUAAGAUAGUCGUUGUAACGGCACAGCCAUCCCCUUAUCACUUCCUGUGACACACUUCCCCUGAACGCAUCCACAACUUCCAAUUUCCGGCGGCGCAAAUUUGAAGAAUCGCUCCAUCUCUCCCGCAAUUUUUCUGGGUUCCAAAGACCGCGUAAAUCUGUAGAACCAAUCAUGGCUAUGGUUGCGAACAGGAGCGCUCGCACGUAUGGCUGUGUCGCAUCUGGGAGAGGUUCUGCUAUAUAAGUAAAUUCGCAAUGUCCCCACAGUCGCGGUAUCAUCUAUCAAGGCUCCUAACCUUACAAAUUUUG